AUGGAGGAAGCUCGAGCACUCCUUGAUCAGCUUAUGGGGCGUGACCGUAACGCUACUGCAGCUGCCAAGUCAAAGUCGUCAGAAAACAGGCUAAACUGGCUAACUCAGGAUCAGUACUGCCCCUACUAUCUGGUGGAUUUCUGGUAGCAUAGGCUGUCUCCUAUGGUUGCUGCUCAUGAUGGUUGCCUCAGCCCGAAUGAGCUCUUCGUGAAUACUCGUGCCUAUAUGGGCAGUUGUGGGAAGGAGCAUUGUGAGUACACAAAGUUUCGGUUUGAUCAGAUGGAGGACGGUAGAGAAAAGAGGGAAAUAAUUGACAGGUACGAACGUAAAUUACUGAGUUAUUGCGAGUACAUGGAGACUCAGCUGGCGCAGAAGAUCCGCAGAGGAAAGGCUAGGGUAGCAACGGAGAUACCGGAUAUAGAGGUUCCUGCUCAGAAUAGAGAGAAGAUUGAUGAGCUCCGGGUUAAAAUCAACAGUUUGGUCAAGGAAGCCGAGAGCUUGGCGGAGAGGGGCCGUUUGGUGGAUUCUGAGAGGAAAAUGUCCCUGAUCGAGCCAUUGAAUGACAAGAUUCGUGACCUGAGUGGCGAGAAGUACCUUCAUAUGACGCGUACGGAGUUCGUUUGUGACGUUUGCGGUUGUCUAGUCACUUUGAACGAGAACGACUCUCGGAUCACUUUGGAAAAUCACGAACAUGCACGUGGCAAGCAGCAUCAAGGCUGGGCGAAGAUAAAGGAAACCAGCAAAGCGUUGAGAGAGAAGUUUGCUUCGGGUAGAGGAUUGCCCUUAUCCCCAUCAACGAGGGAAACGCCACGGGUUGAGAGGACUCCCAUUGAACGCAGAUCUCCGCCACGCUCUGAGACCAAGAAGGUUGAAGAGAGCCCGAAGAAGGAAACGAGCAACGGUCCAGAAGUGGAUGAAAGGAAGAGUGAGGAGUACCAGUCGAAGGUUGAGGAUUGGAGGACUCAUCUUUCUAAGAUGCGUUCAAAGAAGCCGAAGCAUCGACAUCAUAGAGAAAAGGAUUGUCACCACCGUCGUCACCGGUCUCGCUCUCGUGAUAAGAGGGACCGCAGUGGUAGUCGUGAUUGAAGUGAAUGAUAGUUCUCAUUUCUAAACAUUUGAUUGGAAUGUCA